AUGAUCACUGCGCUCUUCUGUAUGCAGCUAUACACAGUCUGUUCGCAAUAUUCCAAAGGAGUUUACGCCAUUUUCGGCUUCUACGAUAAGAGAUCUGUGAACACGCUGACUUCCUUCUGCGGCGCUCUGCACACGUCUUUCAUCACGCCGAGCUUUCCCACCGAGGGGGAGAUCCAGUUCGUUAUUCAGCUGAGACCCCCCCUGCACGGAGCCCUCUUGGGCCUGCUCAGCCACUACAAGUGGAAGAAAUUUGUCUACCUGUACGACACAGACAGAGGUUACUCCAUCCUUCAGGUGAUUAUGGAAGCUGCCGUCCAGAAUAACUGGCAGGUGACAGCCAAGUCCGUGGGGAGCAUCACUGAUGUGAUUGAAUACCGACGGAUCUUCGAGGAGAUGGACAAGAGGCAGGAGAGAAGAUUCCUGAUCGACUGCGAACUGGGGCGACUCAACACCAUCAUGGACCAGGCCGUCAAUGUUGGUAAAAACAUCCGAGGCUACCACUACAUGCUCGCUACUCUGGGCUUCUCGGAUCUGAUGCUGGACAAGUUCAUGGAGACGGGGGUGAACGUCACCGGUUUCCAGCUGGUGAACUACGAGGACCCGAUGGUGCAGAAGUUCAUGCAGAGGUGGACGAAGCUGGAUCAGCGGGAAUACCCGGGAACCGCUGCCAGCACAUUGAAGUUCACUGCUGCCUUGACAUACGACGGGAUCUUUGUCAUCGCGGAAGCUUUCCGCUACCUCCGGAAACAACGGAUUGACAUCUCCCGAAGAGUCACCACCGGAGACUGUUUAGCCAACCCCGCAGUGCCCUGGAGUCAAGGCAUUGACAUAGAACGGGCCCUGAAACAGGUGCGAGGCCAGGGACUGACUGGAAACUUGCAAUUUGACAACUACGGCCGACGGACAAACUACACCAUCGACGUUUACGAGCUGAGACCGACUGGGCCGCGGAAGAUCGGUUACUGGAACGAGUACGAGAAAUUGGUGUCUACGGUCGAAGUGCAACCGACCAAUGAGUCCACAUCGAUGGAAAACCGAACGAUAGUCGUCACCACUAUCAUGGAAUCGCCAUAUGUAAUGCUGAAGAAAAAUUUUGAACAGUUUGAUGCAAAUGAUAGAUAUGAAGGCUAUUGUGUGGAUUUAGCCUUUGAAAUAGCCAAGCAUGUUGGCAUUAAUUAUAAACUCUCUGUUGUCCCCGACGGUAAAUACGGAGCUAGGGACCCUGACACAAAAAUCUGGAAUGGAAUGGUGGGUGAACUAGUAUAUGGGAGAGCUGACAUUGCCGUGGCACCUCUCACCAUAACCUUGGUGCGUGAAGAGAUGAUCGACUUCUCCAAACCCUUCAUGAGCCUGGGUAUCUCGAUCAUGAUCAAGAAGCCUCAGAAGUCCAAACCGGGAGUGUUCUCCUUUCUGGAUCCGUUGGCCUACGAGAUUUGGAUGUGCAUCGUUUUCGCCUACAUCGGAGUCAGUGUAGUGCUUUUCCUGGUCAGCAGGUUCAGCCCUUACGAAUGGCAUAUGGAGGACAACGAAGAAGGACGUGACCCCCAAAAUACUGAGCCACCUAAUGAGUUUGGGAUAUUUAAUAGUCUCUGGUUUUCUCUGGGUGCCUUUAUGCAGCAAGGAUGCGAUAUUUCGCCAAGAUCCCUCUCAGGGCGGAUUGUUGGAGGCGUCUGGUGGUUCUUCACCCUGAUUAUCAUCUCCUCGUACACGGCCAACCUCGCCGCCUUCCUGACGGUGGAGAGGAUGGUGUCGCCCAUCGAGAGCGCCGAGGAUCUCGCCAAGCAAACAGAGAUAGCCUACGGAACCUUGGACUCAGGCUCCACCAAAGAGUUCUUCAGACGCUCAAAGAUAGGCGUCUACGAGAAAAUGUGGUCCUACAUGAAGUCGGCUGAACCGUCCGUGUUCACCAAAACCACGGCCGACGGGGUCGCCAAAGUUCGGAAGUCGAAAGGAAAGUUCGCCUUCCUGCUGGAGUCAACGAUGAACGAGUACAUAGAGCAGAGGAAGCCCUGUGACACCAUGAAAGUAGGAGGGAACCUGGAUUCCAAAGGCUACGGCGUAGCAACACCUAAAGGAGCGUCAUUAAGAAAUGCUGUUAACCUUGCGGUUUUAAAACUGAAUGAACAAGGCCUGUUGGACAAAUUGAAAAACAAAUGGUGGUACGACAAAGGAGAGUGCGGCAGCGGGGGAGGGGACUCCAAGGACAAGACAAGUGCCCUGAGCCUCAGCAAUGUGGCGGGAGUCUUCUAUAUUCUCGUUGGAGGACUUGGUUUGGCUAUGAUGGUGGCUUUGAUAGAAUUCUGUUACAAGUCCAGGGCCGAAGCCAAGAGACUGAAGCUGAAUUAUGCCGAUGCCACACGACCCAAAAGAACACUGUCCAUAUUUGGAAGCAUUGGAGUAAAUAUCCGUGCCAUGACCCCUGACUACCUGCUGUCACGGCACGCUGUACCGGGUGUCAGACGUGGCUCGAGAGUAGCUGAUGGCGCGGCAGACUUUUCCUAAACAAACUGAAUACUCCUUUCAGUGCCUUAUGGAACAUAAUGGAGAUACACGACAAUGCAACUCAUCGCUCGGAUUUACAAUAAGACUCUAGCUUGCUUGAAAAAAAAACACACACACACAGGACAGACAAGAGGUCAAAGAGAGCCAAGAUCCUCUGUGAAAUUAUAUACCGGAAUAAAAAAUAAUAAUUCAAUUUUAGUUCAGCAAAAAGCCAUUGUUUGGUACACAACUCUCUGUGGAAUGAAAAGGUUUCAUGUAACAAAUUAACUAAAGCUUAUUAACACUUUUGAGUGUGAAAGAAUAUAUAUAUAUAUAUACAUAUAUAUAUAUAAAAUCUCCCAGCCAUCAAUUAAAAUGGGAAAUUGAAAAGCACUCAAAGGGCUGAGGCUACUUACGACAUAAAAUAAUGCUGACAGAACAGGAAAAAAGGCCGCAGUAAUUGUUUUCAGAACCGAUUGAUUUGCCAAAAUAACGGUUACGUUUAAAAAGAAAAAAACAAGCGGGUUUUUCUUGCCAGAUACUGUGGUUUAAAAAAAAUUCUUACAUGAUAUCUUUUCUACGACGACGCAUUAAUUAUCAAGUGUUUUUCUUAUAUAUAUAUGAACGUAUUCUAUAUAUAUAUAUAUAGAUAUAUAUAAAAGAGAAAAAAACUAGGCUGUUUCAGUGAAGUAUCUGCAUACUAAUUACCUCUGUUAAUAUGUCGAGAUUUGGGUUCAUGAACUGGACUCUGUGUGUGUGUGUGUGUGUGUAUGUGUGGGAGGAGGGAGAGGAUAGAGGCAAAGUGGGGGGAAGAGACAGCCAUCAGAAUGUCAAAUGGAAUGUGAACAUCACAAUAACAAAAUGGCCUAAUUUUAUAUAAGAAGCAACAACGGUUAACCUUUCCUGUCUGAACAUUUUCAGGCGUCUGCGAUUAUUGAGAAGAUCUUUCAAUCUUAGUCUCUUAAGUGGCCUGAGCAGGUGAGAAAGGAUUAAUUACAGAGCGCUGUAAGUAAAUUAAAUUUUAAAAAAAAGGCUAUAAAGC